GAGCUGGCGACUCCGCGGCGCUGAGCGCGGCGGCCGCCCGGGCAGAGCGAGCGCGGCGGGCGCGCUUCCCGGGCAGCCCCACGCCCCUGCCUCGCACGCUACCCGCGCCAUGAAGCACAUCCCGGUUCUCCAGGACGGGCCCUGGAAGACCGUGUGCGUGAAGGAGCUGAACGGCCUCAAGAAGCUCAAGAGGAAAGGCAAGGAGCCGGCGCGGCGCACGAACGGCUAUAAAACUUUCCGAUUGGACUUGGAAGCGCCCGAGCACGGCGCCACCGCCACCAACGGGCUGCGGGACAGAACCCAGCGGCUGCAGCCAGUCCCGACCCCGGUGCCAGCCCGGGUGGCGCCGGCCGUUCCUUCAGGUGGGGGCGCGGACACGGCCGGCGAGCGCGGGGGCGCCCGGGCGCCGGAGGUCUUGGACGCGCGGAAACGCGGCUUCGCCCUGGGCGCAGUGGGGCCGGGACUCCCCACGCCACCUCCGCCGCCUCCUGCGCCCCAGGGCCAGGUACCUGGGGGUCCCGAGACACAGCCUUUCCGGGAGCCAGGCCUGCGUCCCCGCAUCUUGCUGUGCGCACCGCCAGCACGCCCCACGCCGUCGGCGCCCUCGGCGCCCCCAGAGCCCCCUGUGCGCCCCGCGCCCCCCACGCGCCCUGGGGAAAGUUCUUACUCGUCAAUUUCACACGUAAUUUACAAUAACCACCCGGAUUCCUCCGCGUCGCCUAGGAAACGGCCGGGCGAAGCCACCGCCGCCUCCUCAGAGAUCAAAGCCCUGCAGCAGACCCGGAGGCUCCUGGCGAACGCCAGGGAGCGGACGCGGGUGCACACCAUCAGCGCAGCCUUCGAGGCGCUCAGGAAGCAGGUGCCGUGUUACUCGUAUGGGCAGAAGCUGUCCAAGCUGGCCAUCCUGAGGAUCGCCUGCAACUACAUCCUGUCCCUGGCGCGGCUGGCCGACCUCGACUACAGCGCCGACCACAGCAACCUCAGCUUCUCCGAGUGCGUGCAGCGCUGCACCCGCACCCUGCAGGCCGAAGGCCGCGCCAAGAAGCGCAAGCACCUGAGUUCUCAGAGACUUCACCAGGCUCCACAUUGGAAAGAAUACUGUAGACUCUGGGUCCCCUUCUCUCCGUGUCCCGCAUCCUCUCCUGAUUCAAAUAGAUCGGAACCAUGCUCAUCUGUUUUCUGCAUUAGAAUUUCAAGGUCUCGGUUGCAGCCCGUGGGACCUUUAGUUGUGGCAUGUGGGAUCCAGCUCCCUGAUCAGGGAUGGAACCUGGGCCCCUUGCAUUGGGAGCAAGAAGUCUCAGCCACUGGACCACCAGGACGUCCCUGUUGGUUGUUUCUUUUUGUUUGUUGAGGAGUGACUAGCCAUGGGCUCGCCCGAGAAUGCUGCUGUGGGCCCUCUUUCCAAGUCAAGCUUGAGGAGAAGGUGAGCUUGCCGAGUCCAGCCUCGUCUUCCUCUCUAAGAUGCCACCGGAUGCUCAGACCACCGCCUCUCAGGACAAGAGCUAGCCUGCCUCCUUCUCACCCUCUCCCACACCCCCACCCCCAGCCACUCUACGGUGACUUUGCACUUUGCUCUCUGCCUGCUGGGGUGGGGAGAGCAAAGCCUUCGCCUUGCCCGGGCCUGAGGCCCACCGUCCUUCUGGCUGCAGAAAUUCGUUGCCAAAGAUUCAACAGGGACACUGAACAAACGGGGUGAGAGGACCCCACGGUGAAAAGCCACACUGUGGCUCUGUGACCUUUGCUCCUCAUGUUGCCCGGGUCCCAUCUCAGGCCAAAGACGAAUCAACAUUUCCACUAGGAACUCAUGGAAGAGGUGGACGUUUGGUGACUUCAGACUUGACCUGGAACUGUCUUUCUCCACCGGGCCCUGAGCUGGCUGGACCCAAGAUAAACCUUCUAGGGGUUGUGAGAGGGAGGCUGGGGGUGCCUGUGGGGAGUGGGAUCUGAGAUCCUGGCCCUCUCUCCCUCCCACUGGCUGCCCAGGCCUCUGACCUUGAUUUUCCAUGUUCCCUGGGUCCAGGCUCCUUCUUGGGCCCUCAGCAUCAUGAGAAGUGAGUGUGUAGGGGGAGCAGCACCCGUACCCCACCCCCAGGACCUGCCUCGAGGUGACCUGCCCCCAGCUGGCCAGGCCAGCACUCCUUGCCAGGGGCCCACCCUCCUGACAGGACACACAAGAUGGUGCCCUGCCUGGAGCCCAGUGGUCUGUGACGGCUGUGCAGGGGGCAGAGGGGAGAAAGGGACCAGGGGAAUGGGCCAGUAAUGUGGGGAGGAAGGCAUGUUCAAAGCCAAGGCCUGUUCUUUCCUUGUGCUCACAAGGCCAAAGCUGUUCACAUCUGUGCUCAACCAUCUGCUUCAAAUUGAAGUAAAAGCCCCAAUGUGUAAAGAAAA